AUGGCGUACGGCUACGGCCCCCACGAGUGCAUCGCGCGAGAGCUGUCGCUCGCUGAGCUGGCGGCCGCGUUCUCCGGCCUGCUGCGCCGCCUGCCCGGGCUCAAGCUGGCGGUGAGGCCCGAGGAGCUGCAGUGGAGCGACCCCACCCGGGACGUCGGCCUCGCCAAGCUGCCCGUCACCUGGUGA